GGAACCAGAGUUUCUCCGCAUUCAGACGCACGUGAUCAACCACUAAAGAGGCUUCAUCCAGAAGAGGACGACCCAGACCACCGCUGACCACGCCCACUCCCUCACGCACACACACACACACACCCUCCCACCAUGGCUGUCGUCCUCCACACCGGCCCUCUCUUCUGGACCCGUCUCUGCGCCAUGAUCUUCGCCUGCGUGGCCUUCUCGGUGGCCGUGCACGGCGGUCAGCUCAACCACGGCACGGGCGACUGGUGCAUCUUCUGCUGGGCCUUCAGCUUCGCCGGCAGCCUGCUGGUGCUCCUGGUGGAGCUGUUCGGCCUGCAGGCGCGCGCGCCCAUCUCCUGGAAGAACUUCCCCAUCACGUUCGCCUGCUACGCCGCGCUCCUCUGCCUCUCCGCCUCCAUCAUCUUCCCCCUGUACUACGUCAAGGGCGACCACAGCUACAGCGAGGUGCACAACCUGCGCAUCGUCUCCACCGUCUUCUCCUGCCUGGCCGCCGUCUGCUACAUGUCGGAGGUGAGCAUCAGCAAGGCGCGCCCGGGCGAGGUGGCCGGCUACAUGGCCACCGCCCCGGGCCUGCUGAAGGUGUGCGAGACCUUCGUGGCGUGCGUCAUCUUCGUGUUCGUCAGCGACCCGGUGCUGUACGACCGCCACGACGCGCUCAAGUACUGCAUGUCCGUGUACUGCAUCUGCUUCAUCCUGUCGGCCGCCGUCAUCGUGCUGUGCGUGGGCGAGUGCACCGGCUGCCUGCCCUUCCCCUUCGCCCGCUUCCUGUCGGGGUACGCGCUGCUGGCCGUGGUGCUCUACCUGUCCGCCACCAUCAUCUGGCCCAUCUUCAACUUUGACAACAAGAACGGCGGCCACAAGGACCGACCCGGCCAAUGCAGCAACGCGAUGGGCCUGUGCCAAUGGGACAAGACGAUGGCCGUGGCGGUGCUCACCGGCGUCAACUUCCUCCUGUACCUGGCCGACCUGAUCACCUCGGCCCGCUUGGUGUUCGUCAGUGCCUGAGUGGAGAGGGCGGGGGCACGGGGGAGGGACGAAGGGUGUGAUGGGAGAGGUGUGGGAGAGUAGAGUAAUCAAAGGGUCACUGGCGGUGUUUAAAUGCCGACGAGGCCGCGGGGGAAUACUCGGUGCUAGUGAACACAAGCAGAUGAAAAAAAGGGCGACCGCAGAAGGUGGCUUUGUUUUGACGCUCACUGUUUGGGUGGUUGUCAUGGCAGUGGGUCACUGUAUGUUGCUUCGCAGUUUCGAUUCGAGACCGGAUGAGACUUACACAGCUGUUUCACUAAUUUAGGCCUCGGAAUAAAAACAGUACUAAUCAAUAGAUGUAUAUGAAUACAAUAUGAUACACAAUAUAGUUACAUAUUACAGAAUUUAAUUAUAGAAAAAGAAAAAAUUAUAAGAAUAUCAAAUUAUAUUGUUACAGACCAAAGCUAAUGCAAUGCAAUAUCAGUAGAACGUCCAAGGAAUUAACUUUGGUUUGUUGCCAUUCAUCCUCAAGUAAACCUUUAUACAAAAUACAUUUCCCAAAUGAACUCACAAUGUCCCAAAGACCAGUUUCAUUUUUUCUUGGAUUACAUUGUGCAGAAUAAUUUCAAAUAAUGUUUACAGAUGAAGAUCUGUUAUCCCUGAAAAUAGUUGUAAUGAGUUUUUUUAAACUUGAAAAAAGGUUUACAUAAUGUUGAGAGAAAAAGUUGACUCGCUUUUUUGCUGUUAUUAUACUGUAUGCCUAUCUCUAGACGUUAAAAUUAUAAGAUUAUAUACAACAUUGUGGAUUUAUAUAAGACUGUCAUGUUUCAGUUGCGCACUUAUACGCAAUUAUACGUGCACUUCUAUAUGUGUGUAUGAUAUCUUUCAUGAAAGCAUGAAAUGCUAAAGUAUUAGUGAGAAUUUCACUCACUUUGACAGGCCAAAUACUUACUCAAUCGGGCCUUAUACGUAUUUUGGUAUCUGCUGUAAAAGAAUUCUUAGAAAAAAAAGAUACAAAAAAACUUGACUCUUUCCUUCUGUCAUACUCCAUGUUCUAUGUUCCCUUAUUUGCGCACGAAUGUUACAGCAAAAUGUAAUCAGGUGUUUGAAUAAAAAACCCAUGGUUAUGAA